AGUCAACCUAGAAGCGUAAUAGAAUGUUUGCGAAGCUUCAUCUAAUCGAAAAAUCGUGUCAUUGCAGCUUGGUUGGGCGCACUUACACAGCUAGAGGACAAGGUCACUUUCUGUCGAAGCCAGCGAAACAAACGUAUUCUAGGAAGUUUGGAAGUUCGCCGACAGUGUCAGUGAUGGGUUUCUUUUCCAAAAUCUUCGGGAAUGGCGAGAGCACGACGGGCAGCAAGGAGGACACACUGGCGUGGGCAAGGAGAGCAAAGCCUACAUGUGACCCAGCACCCUCAGCAGCGCCUCCAGGCCAACAACUUGGCACGUUUGCAGGUGGCUGUUUUUGGGGACUGGAGCUGGCCUAUCAGCGGGUGCCGGGUGUUAUAAAAACCUCAGUCGGCUACACAGGCGGCCACGACCCCUGCCCAACAUACAACUCUGUUUGCGGCGGCAGCACGGGCCAUACAGAGGCCGUGCAGGUGGUUUAUGACCCGAGCGAGGUGAAUUAUGAGCGGCUGCUGGACACCUUCUUUGCACACGUGGACCCCACUACGAAGAACAGGCAGGGCAACGACGUGGGCACCCAGUACAGGAGCGCCAUAUUUUACCAUACGCCUGAACAGAAGGCUGAAGCGGAGAAGGCAUUUGAGGAGGUGAAUGAGAAGCUGGCCAACAGGGCGUUCAGGCCAGUCAGGGGGGACAAGGUGGUGGUGGAGUUGAAGGAAGCUGGCUUGUACUACGUGGCCGAGAAAUAUCACCAGCAGUACCUUGCAAAAGGUGGCCGCAUGGGCCGGGGCCAAUCGGCAGAGAAAGGCUGUACAGACAAAAUUCGGUGCUACGGAUAAUUGCUAGUACCGGCAAUGACUCUGACAAUAUUGACACUUUGACAGUGAGCAAUUUCCCCCAGCAUUCCCCAAUCCGCCAGCUAGGCUCCCUAGCUGUGGGCGUUGGUGGGCCCAUGGGGGCAAUUGGUGGGUCUGAUAUGGGGAAGCCACCAUCAGUCAUUGUGCUUGCCAGGUAUAACCCCCCACUGGAAAUGCAUUGCUAAAGUUGCUGGUGCUUGCAUUAGAUGUUCAGAAUUUGUCUGCCCCAUUCAUGGUGUGACGUCAUCCUAGCCAUGGCGCUGGCUUCUGGAAUUUUGUGCUGCCGACUUUAAUAAGCUGUUGAGUGUCACAGAGUCACACGGUGCCUAUUAGAUAAGCCUGUCAGUGAGCCCCAUCAUUCCUGUUGAACUGGAGCGUGAUGGUCAGGUGCAGGCUGAAUCAAUGAGUCAUUCGGAACGCUUCCAACGCGUGUAAUAUCAUAUUACU